UAGGGGAGAGUACUCUCAUAUACGACGAUCAUCUUUUUUGCGCUUCGUUUUGUGCAAAUAUAAUUCUGUGUCGAUCAAUAAUCGACGGUGGCGAACAGAACGAAGCCGCCUCCUUAGGUGUGGCAUCAUUCACAUGAUGCAGACAGAUGUCUUUGUGUCAGCAUCCAGUGUCUUGUUAUGAUUUGUGAUUGAUUGUUUUCACAUGAGAAAGAUACAGUGACACAGUAUAGACCAUCGGUGAUCUUGCUGCAGACGACGUCGAUGCCGACUGACUUGCUUGGGGAAAAUUCUUAAUGAUAAAUCUUAGUGCGCAGAAAAAUUUACCUGGACAUUUUGAUACGGAAAGAACAAAGGUAUGAUGAUUUGCUGAGAAGACCUUUCGGGUAUCAGACACAUAUGUAUAUUUCACUAAUGUGCUUUCCUCCAAUUUGUCUUUUUAAAAAAACAAUACUUCGUUUCGACUUGAAAUUCGAGCCAUUCGUGAUAUCAAGGUAGAAAGAUUACAACCAUCGUGAGAAUGUUAGUUCGUACGGGCGCCCGCGUGUAGGUGUGUGAGGCGGCAAGUGAGAGUAUUCUGAACAAGUGGGAGGAGAAUACACCAUGUAAUAAUCAAAACAAGCAACCAAAAUGAAAAUUGAGGAGUUUGACAUUCGUUUUGACAAUGAGGAUGCAGUGUUCAGCGCUGGGCAGAACGUCACUGGGAGUGUUGUUCUUGAGAUUUCCAAACCAACACAUAUAUUCAACAUAACAAUAAGGUUUGAAGGGCAAGCAAAAUCUUCAUGGGAGGUUUCAGGUGGAGACAGCAACAAAAAUUAUCGAGCAUAUGAAACUUACAUUGAUGAUAGCAUCACGCUUUACAGUAGUGAUGGUCAAGGCCCUGAUGUCAAACAUCCAGCUGGGCAUCAUAUUUAUCCAUUCAGCAUGUCCUUGCCUACAAGUGUGCCUUCAUCAUUUGAGGGAAGGCGAGGAUAUGUCCGGUAUCAGUGUAUGGCAUUCGUAGAUAGGGGAUGGAAAGGAAUGCUGGACUGCAUACAGGAUUUCACAGUUAUUCAUCACCUGGACCUAAAUACUUUGCAUAAUGUGGCAGAACCGUGCCUUGUAACCAAGGAAGAGGUAUAUGAGGGUUGUUGCUGUGACUCAGGUGUGGUCAUCUCCAAGUUUAGUCUCCGUAAAACAGGCUUUGUCCCUGGAGAACCCAUGAUGUUUGAAAUAAGUAUAGAAAAUAAAUCAACCUCAUCCCUAUGUGGCCUUUCCAUUCAGUUGAUCCAGACUGUUCGAUACACAGGUUAUUCAAAUAGUGUUUUCUCAUCUGGGAAUGCAAAAUACCAUGACAAGGUAAAUGCCUGGGUGCUUUAUGAAAUUGAUGAGGAUAUUGAGGCACAGAAGACAUUCACCCUUCACAACUAUGCCUUAAUUCCAGCUGUUGCUCCUUCGUUACUUGAAGGAUGCAAUAUAAUUUCCACUAUGUACCAAGUGUCGCUACGAGUACCUGUUGGCUGGAACAGCACAGAUCUGUCUGUGGCAGUCACCAUUGGAACUGUCCCUCUAUAUGACGCAAACAGACUGUCAAAUGUAGCAGCACCACCACAGAGAAUGAGCAUCAUUGAUCCUCCACCAUCUUAUGAAGAAUGUGUAUUUGGACGCAUGACAACACAGAGUGGAGAAAAUGCUGACAUUGAUGCAGAUGAAGAACAACCUGUCCGACAACGCCGUCGAGAAUUUCGUCGCAUGCCCAGUUACCCAUAUUACAACAUGCAAGUAUCAACAGAAAAUGGUCAACAGCCGACUACACCCCCAUCACCAUCCCAGCUACCCCCUCCCAGUUAUGACUCUCUUAACCAUCACGAACAGGCCUUAAGAUAAACAAAUGAGUGUAAACAUUUUUAUCUCCUCUGUUAUAGAAGGAUCUUAUCACAGCAUGUGCAGUAUUAACAUUCUCAACAGACUGUUUACUAACUUUCUAUACAUUCACUCACUUGGGAUCUCUAGAUUCUUUUCCAAGACGACAAUGAACCUUCAGUGUAUUCAAAUCAGCUUGCAUCAUAUUAGUGGUUGGUGAUUGUGACAUUUCUAGUCAUACUGGAGAAUUUAUGUACUUUUAGCAGUGUAAGGGUUUUGUUUUGUCAAAUUAUUCUAUGAAGAAUUUUAUUGAUUUUUUUUUAAAUCAUCUACUUUUUAUGGUUUUCAUUGAUAGUAAAUUUCAGAUUGUGAUGUGUAAGAAUUAUGGUGUUAUUUGGCUGUGUAUCGUUUUGUAUGAGAUUUGAUAGGCAUAAUAACUUAGAAAUUGUUAUUUCACAUUUUCUAAAGUGUUAUUUGGGAUCCCUAUGUUUUUGAUGAAGUUUUUUAAGGCGUACACAACACAAAAUCCUGACAUUGCAGAAAGUCCUGUUAUAAUGACUAGCAAAAGUGAUUUUUUUUUUUUCUCAUGAGACAGGUUUACUGUGAAGAUGUAUAUUUUAUACAGUUACUCUAGAUGGAACCCAUACACAGUGUGAGGUUAGAGCGUCUUUUAUUUCACUGGAAAAGAUAUUUAUAAGUAUCAUUUUUUACAACACGCUUUCAGUUUACAAGUAUUAUAACAUUCAUUUUAUACAAUCUUUUAUACAAUCAAAACCUGAAAGGAAUGAAUCUGUUUAGGUUGGUCAGAUGAUUUGUUUCCGAUUAAUUUCUUUUGAAGGGAAUAUUUCACAUAGAAAAUACUCUCAGAUGCAUUAAUUCUCCAGAUUUAUGCAUACUGAAAUGUUACUUAUGUCUUUGAAGUUGUUUUAAUGGCUUCCAUUAAUUGUGGUAUUAGAUAAUGAAUCUCUCUGUAACAAAAAUUCCAUCAUAUUUUUAUGGUAGAACUUUUAUUACCAGGCAAUAUUGAUAGUUUUGUGUUUUUCAGUUUUCAGAAUUUAGCUUGGGAGGAUUUUAGUCUCUGGUACUUUAAGUAAUGGAAAAUAAAAUAAAAAUUUUAUUAAAUUUUGUUUAAAAAUAAAAUUUUUAGGUGAUAAAUGGAACACUGUCCUCUCUGUGCAGUAAGCACAUUUUUACUAUAUAUAGACAAGCAUAUUUUGAUUAAUCCAUCUCAUCAGAGAAUGACAUUUAAAAAGAUGCAGUGGCUCAAGGACAAGAAGAGUGAUAUCCCAAAAUAAAACUAGUAAGAAAAUGCAUGGGUUUUAUUUUUUUCUCUCUCAAGAUCAGUUCUCCAUAGACAUUUACAUGGCCAGCCAUAAUAUACCAGUUUUAUGGUAUUUUGGCAGCUUCUAAAAUUUGUAUUCAGUUUUUAUGCAUUUAUGUUUUUUAUGGUUUUAUGUUUAUGGUUUUUUAUGGUUUUAGUCGAGAAAGUAUGUUGACAAUGGAUUAUCUUUUCUGUUAGUAUCAGUGGCUAUAUUACAGUUAGCUUGUCUAGAACUGAAAGCAGGGCACAACUAGGCAAUAUAUGUAUUUAUGCCAGAGGUGAGAUUUGAAUCCAGAACCCACAGUCUCAGUCUUGGUGACAAGCUUUUUACCCUUGCACCACCAUGGAGACAGCAUUUCUAGUCAUUACCAGAAAUGGUUGUAAAUAUCUAUUGAGUGAACUUAUUUGCAUAAUAACGUCUAUUUUUAACGUAAUGGAUAUUUUGCAUAAUGGAUAUCUAAUUUAUUAGGUCUAAAGCAGCAGUUUGCUAUCAGCCGGUGUUCAAUGCCAGUUGUUUGAUAUGCCAACAGAUUUCUAUGGAUAAAGGAUUCGUACCCUUCUGAUGGACUAGUGUACUUAUAAGAUGCAUAAAAAUACCAGCUGGUUCACAAGAUUAAAAAAAAACUAUUUUAAUAAUUAAACGUAACGUUCUUUAUUUAUUCUCUCUUUAACAAGGUUGCUUAAUCAAUCUUGGUGCUGAGCGCAAUGGACUUACCUUGAAAAUGUGUUCCAGGGUGGGGUCUUUUUUCUCUCUCAGUGCAAUGCUUAUGUUGACAUAGAGAUUUUUGAAGGACAAAAGUGAUUUUUAACCCUUCUUUCUACCUGACAUUAUUUUAUCAUUGUGCUAUUUUGUGGCAUGCGAUUUUGGAAAGAUGAAUAUAACUGUUGUUAAAAGCUGUUUUCCAAAUUUAAAAACUGUGCUACAUUUCACCAUUAGUUGACGAGCAAUUGAGAAUACAAGAGGAUGUCACUAAAUGUUUAGACUGCACAAUGAUCAGAAAGAUGCAAAGACUGCCUCAACACUUAACUGUAAUUGUUGCAGAAAAUAUAUACAUUUUUGUUCUGAUAUCUUUCCAAAGCUUUAAUGACAAAAAUUUCUAUUUUCUUUUUUUUUGCCUUUCACUUGAUUUGAAAAACUUUGUUUUAAUCUAUAUUGUAAAAAAAAAAAAAAAAGUCUUCUACACGAUCCCCCUUUAUCGAUUUUGUCCUCUUGCUGUGUACACUGAUUUAAAUUUUCUUCUAUACUUUGGUAUAUUAAAUUAUUUUGUUGAUUUUUAUUGAUGCAGAUAAUGAGCUGUUUUGAUACACCCUGUAGUUUCAUAAUAAUUUUACUACAAGAGGUCUUUUGAAGGCAUUUUUUUUAAAAUUAUUUUUUAAGGAGAAAAAAAUGGAAAAGAAACUAAAAAGAAAAGUAUUUGAACUAUAGGAAAGUUAUGCUGAGGUGUCUUGAAACUAGAUUUAAGCACACUGCACAAAAAUGGUGUUAUAUUAAUUUUCUAACACUAAUUAUGUUUAAAUAUUAUAUGUAACAGCUUGUUCAUUCUACAGGAAUGAACUGUGGACCAUCAACUUUAUAAGAUGUUAAGUUGUUAGUAUUGUGGUUUUUUGUUUACCUUAAAGGCUAAGCCAAGUUCAAAAUUAUUUUCAGAUGUGUUUAGUUAAUGGAUAGUAACUACUGAAAUAUGAGCAGUCUUGUUCUGUACACAUGUACACGUGUUUGAACAUUUUUUUAAUUUAUUUUUUUUUUUUUUGCAAAGAGGUUAAAAAAUCAUUUUAUCCACAUCAUUAUAAAAUACAUUUUAAAGUUUAAAAUUCCUGCGACGUUAUGGUCUUAAAUUCUGUACUUUUUUAAAUGGCUUUUGUUUUGAUAGAAGACUCGGUAUAAUUUAAUCUUCCUAAUGUUAGCUUUGUCUUUUUGAAUAUGCAUUUAAAAAUAUAAAGUGCAGUUUUUUACUUUAUUUUACCAUUAGAGUUUAAUGUACACCACCAGAGAUAAAUUCAAAUCAGAACUUUAGCUUUCAGUAGUUUGAUAUUGAGUUAGGUUUCUGUGAUUACUAAGGCACAUUUAUUUUAUGUUUGUAUUAUAUAUGUUUAUAUUUAUCUGUUGUCCUCAAUUUGACUGUUGAAUUACUCUAUAUUUUUAUAAUUCGUUUAUCUAGUCCGUGAGUUCCUUCAUGAUUAAGUUUUUACCUUUUUACAAUGUGUUUUCAGCAUUCUGAGAAUUAAAAGCUAAGUUUCAGUUGUCACACUUUUUCAUACAUAUGCUACACAUUUGCCAAAAGUUUCACUGUUUGUGGGUCAUACUCUAGUGUAUUACAUUUUGGCUUAGAUCAAACAUGUAUAAUGUCUAUGUAAUGUCUCUAAAAUUAAAAUGUUUAUGAUGCA